AAGUGCAGCACGAUUGUUCGCCUCGCCAACCCUCUGCCCACCUCCCACAGGGUGACUGGCUUUCUCGCGCUACUCUGUUUCUCUUCCGCGAAAAAAAAAACAUUUUCCUCGAACAUCAAAGCUGACGCACCAGUGAGGGGGCGAAAUUCAUCAGAAUUGGCGCGAGCGGAUUAUUUUUUCGCGAUCUGCAUGUAGAAAGCUGUACAGAUUUUUUAUUCGAACUCGAGUGGCAUUCUGUCUGUUCCCGAUUUUUAUUUCAUCGUAGAUCUAGGAGGGAAAUUUAUUUCAAUAUAUCGGGAAAAAUUUUGAUGUUGUAACUCUGUGACUGUUUGGUUCUGUGAAAACGAUUUUUGAGUUCCGUUUUGGUGUUGAUGAUCUAUUGCCGUUUUGAUGUGAAAAAUAUAUCCAUCUUUAGAUGUUGUGAGAUAAUUUCCUGAUAGCUAGUUACUUCAAUUUCUGCGGGCAGAAAUUCAACUAUACUAAAAAUUUUCAUUUCAACGGGACAUUGAGUGUUUCCGAAAAAUUUGAAUAUUAUACAAAACUAUUUAAUUGAAAUAAUAAUUUAGUGUUGUGUGGAUUUUGGUUGAACAUUAAACGCGUAGUGAAAUAGAAACUUUUAGAGAUUUUUGAAUACUGUAGAACAUUUUAUAUUCGACAACUUUAAAUUCUACGUUCAACAAUUAUUAGAAAUUUUUGAAUAAAUAAUAUUCUAAAAAGUAUCGAUUUUGUAGAACUUUAGUAGCUGAUAGAUUUUUAUAGAAGUUACAUCGACCUUUACUUACUGAUACACCCAUCAAUUCUAAACUAAUCUAAGGAGAGUAAAGUAGUUGUAGAAAUCCGAAUGAGGACUUUUAUGUACAAAAGAGAUACAUGAGAGAUAUUUGCACCAAUAUAUUUUUCAUAGAAGUUUCGAGUGUAAUUCAUUUCUGGUUUUGAUGUUCUCAGUUUAAAUCUGCACUUAAAUUACAUUGCAUUUGAAUGUGUUUAAUUUACAAAAAGAUUUAUAGAAAUAUUUUUGAAUAUCAAUAACAUACUUGACAUUUUUGAAAUAUUCAAAUAAGAGACAAAUUGAGAUUUUCUGGGUCUCUGCUAAGAAUUUUGAGAUAAAAAAUGAAUAUGAGUUUGAGAUUAUCUCCUUGACAACAAAUAUAAUAAAAUACAUAGCGUUUAAUGCGCCACACAUUCUAAGGUAUCGAGCAAUAAUAGGUUAGGAAAGAAUUGAAAUCGAAAAUGACCACAAAUUAAUUAUACAAGAAGAUUGGACCAAAAUGGAAUCAAUAUUUAGAUCGAUGGAAAUUCCGUUUUUUCGAAAAUAAGUAGUAUAGACAAGUAGAUCUUCAUAGUGAUAAAGUGUUCUUCAGAAUAGUUCAAUAGUGUUCAUUAUAAUAAUAUAUUACAUAGUCGAAAUUACUAGAUAUCAUCUUUAAACGCUUGUAGGUUAAUAUUCAUUCAAGUAUGAGAUGAUAAGAAGUCAGUACAAGAUUGAUACUAGUUACUUGAUACAGUAAAGAGUUCAAAUAAUAUAUAUUUAAAUAAUAAAACAUAUCAGAGCAGGAUAAAUUUCUUGCAAAUCAGUUGGUUUACAGAGAAAGUGGAGUGAUAUAUCAUUUAAAAUACUGUUUAUAAGAAGUGAGAAUAAUUAUCAAAAACGUGGGAAUCUGGAGAUGGAGGAUAUGAAGAAUUUAUUGUUGAAUGAUUAUGAUAUGAUGGAGUGAGAAAGCUUGAAAAUAUAUAAUAACAAAGUGAUGAAGUUCGAAUGCAAGAUAUCAUAAAAUUCUUUCAUUGUCGUAUGAGGAAUAUGACAUGAAGUAACGAUUUUAUGUGCGGAGAAAUUGAACUCAGCCCAAAAAAUAAAUCAUUUACUUCACUUACUACUCUAUUCCAGUAAGAAACACAACAAUUAACGCAACAAAGCUAAAAAUGCAGUGAAGUGGAGAAUGAGAGAAGAGAAAGCACGACUGAAAUAAGAAAAGUGAUUAUAUAGUUCACUGAUUCAAAGAGAGCUGUUCCGUCUGGGAGAGCCAGUAACUAAGAUUUUGAAGGAUAACUGCUUCCAAAGAAUCUGAGGAGAAAUAUAAUACAAAUAAAAUACAGAAGAACGAAAAAAAUUGACUCAUACGACGCCGUACUCGAAUCUUUUCUCAGGGAUACUUAAAGAGAGACACUUCUUUGUUGCAUGAUUUGCUUACUCCGUGCCAUUUUUGUUUGAUUUUUUCAUUGUACUAAUCGCCGUAAAUGAGUGGAAUGUUGAAGAUAUUUUUGAGUCAUGAUUUUGCGAACAUAUCAUAUGAAACGAAUAGGAGCGGAAAAUUGUGAGUGUUAGGGAAGGGAGCAGUUGGGGAGGAGAUUGGUGGUUGAAGUAAACGUGGAAGAAAUCCAGGAAGAUGUCGGAACCUGAUAGCUAUGAUGAUGAGCUGGUCUCAUCAAAUGCUAAUCAACGCAACUGGAGAGGCAUCUUGAUAGCACUACUGGUGAUUCUGAUGGUGCUGGCACUCAUCGUGACAUCAGUGGUGCUGCUGACGCCCCCCGACGAGGGGCCUCGGGUCAAAGGGACGCGUCUUCGACUACAGGAUGUGCUCAGUCACGAACUCAACCCCCUCAGGCACAACGGGUCUUGGAUAUCAGGAGAUGAGUUCAUCUUCAGAGAUGAGUGGGGAGGAAUUAGUAUCUACAAUGCUGCCAAUCUUACUUCAAGAGUUGUCAUGAGCAACCAAACAUUCAGAAGGAUGAAUCUUGCAAAAUUCUCCAUGUCUCCCGACCAGAAAUACAUAAUGCUGGUCCACAAUGUACAAAAGCUAUUCCGUCACUCCUUUCUGGCACUCUACUCCAUACACGAUGUUGCUGGAAUGAUAACAUACCCUCUUCUGGUGACACCUGACGAUUCCGACCAUCCUUACCUUCUGCAUGCUGAGUGGACCCCACGAGGUCACGGCCUUCUAAUGGUCUACAACUAUGACAUCUACUACAAGCCAUCACCUGACAAACACGAGAAAUCAUUUCGAGUCAGUUCAACGGCCGUGCCUGGUGUGGUCAGUAAUGGCGCUCCUGACUGGCUAUACGAAGAGGAAAUCCUGAAUGACAACAAAGCGCUGUGGAUGUCUGAGGAGAGUCAAAUGCUGCUCUACGUGUGCUUCAACGACACAGAGGUUCAAGAGCUGAGAUUUCCCUGGUAUGGCAUGGACAGUAAGCAGCUCUACCCUGAUAUGCGGAGUCUCCGGUAUCCCAAGCCAAGCACGAAGAAUCCAGUCGUGACUCUGUACGUUGCCGAUCUUGCAGAUGUUAAAAGCAUUAGAACAAGAGAUCUAAAACCACCAAUGGCUCUUGGACAAACAACAGACUACUAUUUCACUGGUGUGACAUGGGUGAGCUCCACAGAAGUCUCAGUUAUAUGGCUCAAUCGUGCCCAAAAUGUGUCCAUGGUAACCAUAUGCAAAUCACCAAUGUGGUUCUGCCAAGAGACACAACGCAUCACCGGAGAGGGUAGUGGUUGGGUGGAUCCUCCAGAGACACCUCUCUUCUCUCCGGAUGGGAACGUGUACCUGACCCUGGCUCCAGUCAGGGAUGGAGCGGCCGGCUUCUUCAGGCACAUCGUGGCUGUCAACAUCCCCAAGAAGCGCAUGCUUCCUCUCACCCAUGGCACAUUCGAAGUGUCUAGGAUUGUUGCUUGGGAUCACGCCAAUCAGCUUGUGUUCUACCUAGGAGUGCCGAAAGGUCUUCCAGGCCAACUGCAUCUGUACGUUGUGGGCUCAACUGCCCCCCAGGUGGGGGCCGCCCUGGGCACGCCCCACUGCCUCAGCUGUGCGCCUCCCGCCCCCGCACUGCCUGCCAUCUACCAGGGGGCGGCCACUGCAACCGCCUCCGCGUCCGCCGCCUCCGCUGCCGGUUGGGACGAUGACGAAGACGCGACCACCGUAUCCACACCAACCGAACCACCUCCCGCGAAGCGGAGCAAGAAAAUCGAGAAAAGCCAUAAAGUGGAAGACCUGUAUCGACCAUGCACCUACCACAAUGCUUAUUUCAGUCGUAGUCUAGCCUAUUUUGUACUGGAAUGCUUGGGACCAGGAAUCCCAACGGUGACACUGUACUCGACGUAUGGAGGGGGAAUUGCCACACUGCAAAAUAACACCAAACUUCAUGAACGCGUAUCGAAAGUGGCUCUAACUCAGGUAAAAACAUUCCCGGUGGAGAUCUCCGGUGGUCAUCACGCACAGGUUAGACUGCAUCUGCCUCCUGGACUCCGUGAGGAGGAAAUAACACGCUAUCCUCUGGUGCUGCAAGUGUAUGCAGGUCCAGGAUCUCAGCUGGUCACUGAUAGAUGGAAAACUGACUGGAGCACAUAUCUUUCCUCCAACAGAGAUUAUAUAGUGGCGCAGAUUGAUGGAAGAGGCUCAGCUGGACAAGGAUACUCACUGCUUCACCAGAUCUACCAUCAACUGGGAACAGUUGAGGUCAACGAUCAAUUAGAAGUCACUGAAUACCUGGUAGACACUCUACACUUCAUAGACAAGCGACGGGUGGCGGUGUGGGGUUGGAGUUAUGGCGGUUAUGUGGCGGGAAAACUGCUCUCUCAUCCAAACCAAGAUGUCUUUCAUUGUGGCAUAUCUGUUGCUCCAGUCACAUCAUGGAAGUUAUAUGAUUCUGCAUACACCGAGCGUUAUAUGGGUAUACCAAAUGUAACUGGCAAUUACAAGGGCUAUGAGGAGUCGGACCUUAGAAAGCAGGUGGAUGGUUUUCGUGAUAAAAUGUUCUACCUAGUGCACGGCACAGCUGAUGACAAUGUGCAUCUACAACAAUCAAUGUUGCUCUCCAGGGCACUCUCUCAGGCUGGAGUUAUCUACAGGCAACAGAUUUACCCGGAUGAGAGUCACAACUUGAGUGGCGUGAAGAGACACCUUUACCGGUCCAUGGCCAAUUUCCUGGACGAUUGCUUCCGCAAGAGAGUGCCUCCCGAGGUUAGGGCCGGCCUCCGGAAUGGGGGAUCUCAGGACACCACUUCAUCGUAACUGAUAACUACUGCUUGAUACUUAUUCUCAUUGGUGUUUGCAGUAGAAAAGCUGCUUUGCUUUCUGCUAUUGGAUUAUUGCUCCAUUUUACCAUUUGCUCCAUUCCAAUGGAAAACUGGAGAACAUCGUUGCAGCUCCAGAAAACUUCAGUGCCUAUUCAAGUACAUUACUCAGAAUUUUAUCAUAUUUUUCACAAUCGAAUCAAAAUCAUUUUAAUGUCGUAUAAGGUGAUUUUGAUUCGAAAAACGUUGCUGAGAAUAUUCAAUCAUCUUACUCCAAACAAAUUUGAAUCAAAAUCACGACAUUUAUUUUGAUUCAAUUUGAUUUGAAGUAGCCAACACAUUGCUGAGAAUUUUUUAUUUCCAAUUUUUUGGGCUUAGAAUGUUCAUCUUCCCCAUCUUGAUGGAAGGAUAAUUUUUUCCAAUUUUUUUGGGCUUAGAACGUUCAUCUUCCACAUCUUGAUGGAAGAAUUAUUUUUUCUUUCCAAUUUUUUGGGCUUAGAAUGUUCAUCUUCCACAUCUUGAUGGAAGGAUUAUUUUUUCUUUCCAUUUUUUUGGGCUUAGAAUGUUCAUCUUCCGUAUCUUGAUAGAAGAAUUACUUAGGCUGUGCAAAGGCUAAAAAUUAACUUUCUACUUGUGAUAUUUUUCAGAGUUUUUCGAUUUGUAUAUCAUCAAGCUAUCGUAAUAAAAAAGAUUUCUGGAGAAAACAUUUUUUCCGAUCAUUACUUUUUGAGAUAUGAUCGCCUAAAGUUUAAAUUUUUAGAACAUUUUCAAAUUCAGUAAGAGAUAAAUCCAUGAGAUUUGGAGGAUAAAUUCUUUAUGUUAUUGUUGUUUAAUAAAACAAAACUUUUUUGAAAAUAUCAAUUUUUGAGAAAGUUAUUCAAUUUAAUAAAAAUGAACAAAAACAACUUUUAGUUGAGUUAUUUUUUGGUAAAUUGAAUAACUUUCUCAAAAAUUGUUAUUUUCGGAAAAAUAAUUGUUCUAUUCAAUCAACAAUACCAUGUAGAAUAUAUCCUUCAAAUCUCAUGGAUUUAUCUCUUACUGAAUUUGAAAGGUUCUGUCGCAAAAAUUGUCACCGAAUUUGAAAUGUUUUGUCAUAAAAAAUUAAACUUUAGGCGCUCAUAUCUCAAAAAAAUGUUUUCCUGAGAAAACUUUUUAAUUAUGAUAGCUUGAUGAUAUAAAAAUCAAAAACUUCGAAAAAUAUCACUAGUGGAAAUUUUAUUUUUAGCCUUUGUACAGCCUCAAUGACCUAGCUUUGAAACUGUAGCCUCUUAGCCUCCCAAUAUUCUUUCAAUAUUAUACAAUAUGUGAAUUUCGCUAUUCAUUAGAAGCUGCGAUGUGUAAAUUAUUAUCACCUAUCCACCGACAUACAGUCACUAUUUUGUAAAAUUCACGGAGAAAUUAUCAGAUAAUACAAUCAAAACUACAAUCAGUAAUACUUAUUAUUAGAUAAUUCUUUGCGAAUUUUCAAAAAUAAAAACUGUAUAUCGGUGAAUUGAAUAAGAAAUUACAUAUUGAUAAAUGAAAUCAACACUAUAAUUAUUAGUGAUUCAAUAUGCUCUACCGAGGACCGUUUGUAAAGUGUGACUUCCAACUAGAUUGGGACAGCUUGUGAUUAUAACUGAGAUCGUAUCACAUUAUUCACCAACUGUUCAGAUUUGGUUUGAACUUUCACUGAACAAACUCCCAGUAGUUGUAUAUAUUCCAGUAACUAUUCUAUAGUAUCACUUAUAUUCUACUAUCUCCAAUUGAACUCUUGAUCUUGAAAUAAGCCUGAAAAAUUAUUUUUUCGACAGAGAAAUUCAAAUCAUUCUAGACCCAAUCUUCCUCUUCAAGACUCUCAGCUAUAUCAAUUAAUAUUUUUGAGGAAUAAGGAAGCAUUCAUAAGUUUAUGAAAUGAUAUUUAUUAGGCGAAGUUGACUAAAGACUAACUUUACCGCUGAACCUUGAAAUAAGUUCAUGAAACUCACUUUAAUAUAACUACGGUACCAGAAAGAAUAAUGUUGAUUAUAAAAACGUUAUUAGCUGAUUAUAGCCUUAGCUUGUUGACAGUUUUUGGAAAUUAUUCCACAGUAUUUAAGCUAAUUAUUGUAGAUUAUUAUCAAGACCGGUCAUAAUUAAUAAGUUUAGGUAUUAAAAAAAAUCAUUCCGAAUAGCUGCAUUCCACUUUAACAAAUUUUACAAUUAAUUAAUCACAAAUUGACUUAUUGGGUCAGUUUCUACAACUCUGCAUCCCAAUCAGAAGUCUUCGAAUUCAUUUUUAAGUGGUACAGUUGAUAAAGCCAUUCAUAAUAUUGAAAAUAAAAUAAUAAAUCAUUUUUUCAUCUCAUUUAACUUUUUUAGCUUUUUCAGGACUCUGUGAAUCUUGAGUAUUGAAUUAAAAUUCACAAUAAUGUAUUUAAUGUUAUACAGUCAACUUUUAUCACUUACCUAAUUAUUCUAUCCAUCUUUUAAUUAGAGAAUCUUUACAUGUUUGAUAAGUUUCAACCAGAUAUUAUAGAUCACUGUAGAUUGAAAAUUUUAUUUUUUCAAGCUACAAAUAACUCAAUUUCCUCUAAAUGCUUUAUUAACAUUGACUGUUAAAUACAUUUUUCAACGCAAUUAUAAUCAUUGUACAAUAGUUUUGCAUCAUAGUUGAAUUUCUCAAAAUGGUCAUUCGAUUUAAAACAUAAAAGAAUCAAUAAGCAUUUACACUAUUAUAGUUCAUUAGAUUACUUUUUAAAAAGCUACUUAAAUCAACAAUUAUAUUCGAAAAGAGAAAGAAAAUUUAACAAAACGUAAUUUUGAGGCCAGAUUAUUAGAAUUCAUAUGGAACUAGACUAUUAUUACAAUAUUAGAAUUCAUUCAUCGUAGUGAUACUUUAUUUAUUCGUAUAAAAUGCUUUCAGCUUUGAAUUUACACUCAUAGCCUUAUAAAGAUAAGGUGAAUCAAAAUAAUAAUAAACGCUAAAGAUAAUAAUCCUAUCAUUGUCUGUAAUCUAAUUUGUCCUAAUGACACUCAAUUCUGUAUUUGACUGAGGUUCAAGAGACCAUAUUAACAUAUUACAGUAUUGUAAGGAAGAUGAAAUAAAUUAUAAAUAACAUGCGACAUUAAUGUGCGUGUUUCAUGCUUUUCAGGAUAAAAAUAUAAAAUUUUCAUGGUUCAACCACAUUGAUGUGUCAAUAAUUUUCUAUAGAAAAUCGGAUUUCUAUAGUUUUAAAAAUGAAUACUACUGUAGAACUACAAUUUAUUAAACAUUACUCAUUAGAAAUAAGUGAGAUUACGUUUUGCAACGAUUAAAAUCUACUUAGCCUUUACUAGAGAGUAGAAUUCUCAAGACUCUCUUGAAUAACGUUUAUGAAAUAAUAUUGUGAUUAUACGAUAGAUACCCUAGUUCAAGUAGAGCUCCAAUUUCAGUCAAAAGUUAUCAGCUGUUCUCACUUUCACAAUUGGUCAGAUUUAUUCAAGAAUUGUCAGUGAAAUUAAAAAUAUCAAUCAAACUAAGAAUGAAUUUGAAAUCAAAGGUCAAUCUGGUUUCAAUCAGACAAAGCAGACCGGUUCAAAUAGAGUUGAACAUGUCUUUCAACUAACGUAAAUCAUAAUCUGAUACAUUUUAAGUUGAAUACUUUCAAAUUGAAAUUCAGUCUAUGCAAAUUCCCUUUAUUUUUCAAUAAUUAUUCUCACUAUCAAAUUGAAAACAUUGUUCUG